GGGCCCACCUGGACCGUCUGAUGCCCCUGGUGGAGGACUUCUGCAACCUGGAUGAUGAUGAGCUCCGGGAGUCCUGCCUCCAGGCCUUUGAGGCCUUUCUGAGGAAGUGCCCCAAGGAGAUGGGCCCUCAUGUGCCCAAUGUGACCAGCCUCUGCCUCCAGUACAUGAAACAUGACCCCAACUACAACCAUGACAGUGACGAGGAUGAGGAACAGAUGGAGACUGAGGACAGCGAUUUCAGUGAGCAAGAGAGUGAGGACGAGUACAGUGACGAUGACGAUGUGAGCUGGAAGGUGCGCAGGGCAGCAGCCAAGUGCAUGGCGCCUGAUCGGCUCGCGGCCCGACCUGCUGCCGACUUCCACUGCACCCUGGCGCCCGCACUCAUCCGCCGCUUCAAGGAACGGGAGGAGAACGUCAAGGCUGACAUCUUUGGGGCGUAUAUCGUGCUGCUGCGACAGACGCGACCCCGAGGGUGGCUGGAGGCCGUGGAAGAGCCCACCCAGACUGGCAGCAACCUGCACAUGCUGCGGGCACAGGUACCCCUGGUGAUGAAGGCCCUGCAACGGCAACUUAAGGACCGCAGCAUCCGGGCCCGCCAGGGCUGCUUCACCCUUCUUACCGAGCUGGCAGUUGUCCUCCCCAGCAGCCUGGCUGAGCACAUGCCCACACUGGUGUCAGGCAUCGUCUUCUCCCUGGCUGACCGAUCCAGCAGCUCUACCAUCCGCAUGGAUGCCCUGGCCUUCCUGCAGAGCCUGCUGGGCACAGAACCAGCCGAGUCCUUCCAUCCACACCUGCCCACCCUCCUGCCACCUGUGCUGGCCUGUGUGGCCGACCCUUUCUACAAGAUUGCAGCCGAGGCCCUGCUGGUGCUCCAGGUGCUGGUGAGGGCCUUGUGGCCACUGGAUAGGCCUUGGAUGCUGGACCCUGAGCCGUAUGUUGGGGAGAUGUCCACAGCCACUCUGGCACGACUCCGUGCCACUGACCUGGACCAGGAGGUGAAGGAGCGGGCCAUCUCCUGCAUGGGCCACCUCGUGGGCCACCUGGGUGACCGGCUUGGGGAUGAUCUGGAGCCCACGCUGCUGCUCCUCCUGGAGCGCCUGAAGAAUGAGAUCACCCGGCUGCCUGCUGUUAAGGCACUGACGCUGGUGGCCAAGUCCCCAUUACAGCUCGACCUGCGGCUCAUCCUGGCCGAGGCACUGCCCAUCCUGGCUUCAUUCCUGCGCAAGAACCAGCGGGCACUGCGGCUGGCCACACUGGCUGCCCUGGAUGCCCUGGCUCAGAGUCAGGGACUCAGCCUCCCACCACCUGCUGUGCGGGCAGUGCUGGCUGAGUUGCCAGCUCUGGUCAGCGAGAAUGACAUGCAUGUAGCUCAGCUGGCUGUGGACUUCCUUGCCACAGUGACCCAGGCCCAGCCGACCUCUCUGGUGGAGGUCAGUGGCCCGGUACUGGCAGAGCUGCUGCAGUUGCUACAGUCGCCCCUGCUGCCUGCCGGGGUGCUGGCAGCCACAGAAGGGUUCCUACAGGCGCUGGUGGGGACCCCCCCAUGUGUGGACUACGCUGAGCUCAUCGCCCUGCUCACUGCACCUGUUUAUGACCAGACUGGGGACGGUGGGACUGGCCUGCACAAGCAGGUGUUCCACUCACUGGCCCGGUGUGUGGCUGCCCUCUCGGCUGCCUGCCCCCAAGAGGCGGCAGGCACUGCCAGCCGCCUGGUCAGCGAUGCCAGGUCACCCCACUCAAGCACGGGGGUCAAGGUCCUGGCGUUCCUGUCACUGGCCGAGGUGGGCCAAGUGGCGGGGCCUGGCCCCCAGCGGGAGCUGAAGACCGUGCUCCUGGAAGCCCUGGGGUCGCCCAGUGAGGAUGUGAGGGCCGCAGCUUCCUACGCACUGGGCCGCGUGGGUGCUGGCAACCUGCCCGACUUCCUGCCCUUCCUGCUGGCACAGAUCGAGGCUGAGCCCCGGCGGCAGUACCUGCUGCUGAUCGCACUCAGGGAGGCCCUGGGGGCCGCCCAGCCCGACAGCCUGAAGCCCUACGCCGAGGAUGUCUGGGCGCUGCUCUUCCAGCACUGCGAGGGCGCUGAGGAGGGCACCCGGGGCGUGGUGGCCGAGUGCAUUGGGAAGCUGGUGCUUGUGAACCCCCCGUUCCUUCUGCCCCGCUUCCGGAAGCAGCUUGCUGCAGGUCAGCCACAUACCCGGAGCACGGUCAUCACAGCAGUGAAGUUCCUCAUCUCAGACCAGCCCCACCCCAUCGACCAGCUCCUGAAGAGCUUCAUCGGAGAGUUCAUGGAGAGCCUGCAGGACCCAGACCUGAGUGUGCGCCGGGCCACUCUGGCCUUCUUCAACUCAGCUGUGCACAAUAAACCCUCGCUGGUCCGGGACCUGCUGGACGACAUCCUGCCCCUCCUCUACCAGGAGACCAAGAUCCGCCGGGACCUCAUUCGAGAGGUGGAGAUGGGGCCCUUCAGGCACACAGUGGACGAUGGGUUGGAUGUGCGGAAGGCAGCCUUUGAGUGCAUGUACUCGCUGCUGGAUAGCUGCCUGGGCCAGCUGGACAUCUGUGAGUUCCUGAACCAUGUGGAGGAUGGACUGAAGGACCACUAUGACAUCCGGAUGCUGACCUUCAUCAUGCUGGCCCGGCUGGCUACCCUAUGUCCUGCACCUGUCUUACAGAGGGUGGACCGGCUCAUCGAGCCACUCAGGGCCACCUGCACUGCCAAGGUCAAGGCCGGCUCCGUGAAGCAGGAGUUUGAAAAGCAAGAUGAACUGAAGCGCUCUGCCAUGAGGGCGGUAGCUGCCCUGCUGACCAUCCCCGAGGUGGGGAAAAGCCCCAUCAUGGCCGACUUCUCUGCCCAAAUCCGAACCAACCCCGAGCUUACCACCUUGUUUGAGAGCAUCCAGGAUUCUACUCCCGCCCCUAGCAUGGAUUUCAUGGAGCUCAGCUAGUUUUCCCCAGCUCGGGCCCAGCCUGAGGAGCCCCUGCAAGCCCCAGGCCUCACCCCGACCCCGCAGGCUUCUUCUGCCUUUCCCUCACCUCACUGGGGGCCUCCUGCCCCUGGUGGGGGUGCACAGUGCCUUCUCCAGGGACCCAAGCUCACAGGCCCUCGGUCUGGUCCAAUCUGCGAGGCUGGCAACAGUGGGUCCUUUACCUCAAGAUGGUCAUUCAGAGAAUUACGGUGAGUUUCUAGUGACCCUCACACCACACCCCUCCAGUUACCCUGGUUCCUGUGUCUCAAGCUGGCAAAUCCACUGUGCUCAUAGCCAUGUGUCCCAGCUUUCUCACUCCCACUUCACAUCUGAACCGAGUGCCAUUAGUGCUUUGGAGGGACACCUGUGAAGGAGGUGUGGCUCUGGCAGAGCAGCUUACCUUCCAUGUGCCAGGCCCUGGAUUCCACCCCAGAACAAUCCCCCCCAAAAACACCCCAACUUAGUUCCAUUCUAAUUUUUCUUUGGUGCUGGGGAUUGAGCCCAGGGCCUUGUACAUGCUAGUCAAGCACUCUAUCACUGACUACACCCCAGCUCAGAAUGCUUUUAUUUCUACAUGACAGCAGUGAAUCAGAAACUGAGAGGACACCAAGGUUUCUUUUUGUUUUGUUUUGCAGGGAGGAUGGGGUGGGGGAUUUGGACAAUCUUGAACCUAAUGUUUCAUUUCUAACUCCUCUACCACCCAGACAUAACCACAGGCUUGUGUCCUUCUGAAGGGUUUCAAAUAUGUCUAGUUUUUAGUAUCAAAGAUACACAAAUAUAAAUGUCAGGCCAAAGUAUUUUCUGUGACAUCUGAAGUUAAUAAAGAACGGAUUCUAAGUUGUUACAUUUUCCACAAUUCUUGUUACUACUGUAACACAAUCGAGUUGGUUUAAAGUCCUGGAAGUGACCAGUUCACUGCACAAAUAUCCAAGAAUAGAUUUUGACCAGCAGUAAGGCAACCUGGAAGACAUUCACCUACUGGAACUAAGGGACUUAUUACAUUAUCAUGACUGGGACACCUAGAAAGGGUCAUUUUGUAGCCAGCACCGUUUUUCUGGUAGGUUGACUAUAAUUAGAGAGUAAGGCUAGAAAGCAAAGUCUAGUUACUAAUGUCUCCUCCCCACUUCACUUUGUAAAGGUUUGUUUAGUUCAGUUCUCAAGGUCCAAGGGUUGAGCGCACCUGGUGAGGCUCUUUCUUGCUGAUGGGAUCUCAUGAAAAGAGGGGCAGUGUUUUAUGUUGUCGCUGUAUCCCUCUGAUCUGUGCUCCCAUGUACAAAUACUGCCUUUUCCAAAAGUGGAAUCUAAAAACAGCAGUAAGAUUCAUGACUGAAAUCACCAAGGUUGCUCAGCAUCAUGAACUCUGAGCACUGACCAGGUCUAUCAUCAGUCAUAUCCCAGACCUUGGAAGGCUGCUGUCUUCCAAGUACCCAGGGCCGAUCAUGUAAAAGCAGGCUGUAUCUCCCUGUUGUGGACUUCUGGACAGAAAUUACAGUACCCUAGGAACACCAUGAAAGAACUCAAGGGCGCUGAAGUCCAUCUGAUGCUUUUAUGCACAUUUCCCAGUUCUCUCAAGAACCACAGGUGCUUAUAAAUCCGCGUUGGUGAGACUAAACAUGACUCAGUGCUGCCUAAGUGUAUGGUAUGAGGGCCAAGCCUUUCCCCACUCCACCUGCAGCUGACUCAGGCUAGUCUAGAGUCCAAGGCCCAACUUCCUGUGCAAGAAUCCAGGCCUUUUACAAACCCCCUCCAGAUGGAAGAUUCUGCAGGGUAU